GCCUCUUUCCCCCAUCAGCCUCUGCGCCGCUUCCUCUUCCUCUUUUCGUUUGUUGCCAUUGUGGUGAGCGGUUGGUGGAGCUCGAGCAUGUCUUCCCACAAGACGUUCAAGAUCAAGCGGUUUCUUGCUAAGAAGCAGAAGCAGAACCGGCCCAUCCCGCAAUGGAUCCGCAUGAAAACUGGCAAUAAAAUCAGGUACAACUCCAAAAGGAGACACUGGAGGAGGACCAAGCUCGGCCUGUAAAGAGAAGCAGCUCCAAUCUUACCGGCACAACCCUGUAUCUUGCAUCUCUUGAGUGCCAGAAUGGUCUCUUCCAAUCAACUUUCCACAUUAUCAGGGCUGGAAUUUCAUCUUGUGCUGUGCAGUCUCCCCCCUUUGUAGAAAUAUUUGUUAUUACAAAUUUUAAUGAGAAAAAAACCUGAAUGAUGUCUUUUGGUUCUCAGUGUCAUGCGUACUGGCUGAAUUCUUGUUGCCGGUGGAGAGAAGCUCAUUAAUAAAUAUGAGAUUCCACAUAUUUUAACAAA